AAACACAACGGUGUGGCAGCUGGGUGGCUGGAGAAGGAGGAGACGGGGGACCGGAGCGUGGGGGCAGCUAGGCAGAGGAAGGGCCCCGAGGCCCAGAGGCGGCCCCUUCCACCCUGCGCAGCACGAUCUUUCCUGCCAGGUCCGGGCCAGGAGAGCAGCUAUGGCCGCCUUCAGCCGAAGGGACUUCUACCGGCAGCUGCUGCGGGGAUGCGUGGUCCCCACGGCCCAGCAGGGCCUGGACCAGAUCUGGCUGCUGCUGGUCAUCUGCCUGGCCUGCCGCUUCCUCUGGAGGCUGGGGUUGCCCUCCUACCUGAAGCACCUGAGCACUGUGGCGGGUGGAUUCUACAGCCUCUACCACUUCUUCCAGCUGCAGAUGGUGUGGGUGGUGCUGCUCAGCCUCCUCUGCUACCUGGUGCUCUUCCUCUGCCGCCACUCCGCCCACCGGGGGGUCUUUCUCUCCAUCACCAUCCUCAUCUACCUGCUCAUGGGGGAGAUGCACAUGGUGGACACGGUGACGUGGCACAAGAUGAGAGGGGCCCAGAUGAUUGUGGCGAUGAAGGCCGUGUCCCUGGGCUUCGACCUGGACCGGGGGGAGGUGACAGCCAUCCCCUCCCCCGUCGAGUUCAUGGGCUACCUCUACUUCGUGGGGACUAUCAUCUUCGGGCCCUGGAUCCGCUUCCACAGCUACCUGCAGGCCGUGGAGAGCAGGGAGCUGAGCCGGCCUUGGGUCCAGAAGGUAGCGUUCAGCCUGGUAGCUUGUCUGCUCUGUCUCGUCGUUUCCACCUGCGUCGCUCCCUACCUCUUCCCCUACUUCAUCCCCAUCUACGGAGACCUGUUACUCCGCAACAAGAAACGCAGAGCCAGGGGCAUGGUGGUGAGGUGGCUGCGGGCCUAUGAGAGCGCCAUCUCCUUCCACUUCAGCAACUACUUUGUGGGUUUCCUUUCUGAGGCCACGGCCACCCUGGCAGGGACUGGCUUCACAGAGGAGAAAGACAACCUGAAAUGGGACCUGACGGUGUCCCGGCCCCUAAACGUGGAGCUGCCACGCUCCAUGGUGGAAGUGGUGACCAGCUGGAACCUCCCCAUGUCCCGCUGGCUCAACUCCUAUGUGUUUAAGAAUUCUCUACGGCUUGGGACCUUCUCCGCUGUCAUUGUCACCUAUGCGGCCAGUGCCCUGCUACACGGUCUCAGUUUCCACCUGGCGGCUGUGCUGCUCUCCCUUGGCUUCAUCACCUACGUGGAGCACGUUCUCAGGAAGCGGCUGGCCACUAUCUUCAACGCCUGUGUACUUUCCAAGCGCUGCCCCGCUGACUGUCCACACCGCCAUCGCAAGAGCCCAUGGGUUUGGGCACUGAACCUGGUCUUUGGGGCGCUGGCCAUCUUUCACUUGGCUUAUUUGGGUUCCCUCUUUGACGUGGACACGGAGGAUGCCACCGAAGAGCAGGGCUACGGAAUGUCCUACACCAUCUACAAGUGGUCAGAGCUGAGCUGGGCUAGUCACUGGGUCACCUUCGGCUGCUGGAUCUUCUACCGCCUCAUUGGUUAAGGGAGGGGGAGCGUUGGGUGGCUGCAUUGUCCUUCCAUAGCUUCCCCCGACCCUGAAGGAUUCCUCAGCUGGGAAGGGGGAGGGCUUCAGAGUUCGGUCCUCACUCCCAUGUAAAAUGGCUGGCUUCUCGGCCUGCUGGGUCAGGGCAGGUGCCUUCCACCUCCAGGGCCCCCCCCCCCCCAAUCCCUCACUCGAUCGUAGCAGCGGCUACCCCCGUCCAACAUCACCCCAAGGAAAGGGACUGGUCUUGAGGCCCAAGAGGUGGCAGAGAGUGUGCUGGCCUCUAGGGAAUGCUGGGGAUUUGGCACCCCUACCCUCUUUCUGUUUGGUUUUUUUGUUGUUGUUUACGUUUUUUUAACUGAAUUUUCUUACUGUUCAAUAAAAUCGGAAAAGCCGC